AACACAUCACAAAUAGAGAGAGAGAGAGAGAGAGAGAGAGAGAGAGAGAGCGAUGGUGGGUUUAGCGUACGAUUUCGUGGCGAACCCCUUGGGCGCUGUGCGCCUCUCUUUCGAGAAAGCGGUGGCGUCGUCGCCGUCCGAUGCCGAUCCGACGGUGGCGUUCAGAGGCAAGGACUGGGGAGCGAUCGACCUGUUCCGCGACUUCCUCUUCGAGCAAGGUGGCCUCUCCCAGGUUCCGGUUCUCGAUGCAUCGACUCAUAAAUGGAUUCAGCCGAACACGCUUGUUCGAUUCCGUGGAAUGGUGCAGGAUAUGCUCGGCAAUGAAUUCUACAUUGGCGCGUGCAAGGAUGGGCCGACAUGGCGGACGAAUAAGUUCAGAGAUCUCUCUUCGUUCCCGAUGCCACCUUCAUGUGAGACACUAUUGUGGGAGCGCCAUCUUUUCCACUGUGUUCCUGUACCAGGACAGAAUUCCUGGACAUUGGAGUCUUCUCCUUCUCCAACUGCCAGAAAUAUGUCAAGCUGUUUAACAUUUCAGCAUAGAGAAAAACGUAGGAGGGACGGAGAUGUUGACGCCGUUGAAUUAGAUGCCUCAGAUGGGGACUCCUCGUGCAGUAAGAAGCAGAAGGAAGACGUGAAUCCAGCUUUUGUGUCUAGUUCAUCAAAUGACUGGAGGAAUCAUAACAAUGUCUCAGAGCCAACGAAAGGAGAUCAUGCCUUCCCUGAAAAUACUCUUUCAUGUUUAGUGAAGGUAUAUGAUAUGCCAGAGAGUCAAUUCAAGUUGAAUGAUGUUAUCGAAUUUAUAGGCAUCUACACAUUUGAUCCAGAACUUGUUAUUACAAAGGAUGACUCUGAUGACAUGAUGUAUGACUUUAUGGAAGAUGCUGUAGCUCACCUUCCUUCGAGUAAGGUUCCUCGUCUUCAUUGCUUAGUAUGUAAAAAGCUGGCAGCUCAAGAUUUUCCUCCAAGUUCUCAUGCUGUUGAGCCUUUACCUCAUGUAGUAAAGAGUAUUCGAGAAUCUCUUCUAGGGCAUCUUACGGCAGUAUUAGGAAAUGAUGGGUUAGCAGCUCAAUUUCUUCUAUUGCACCUUCUGUCAAGAGUCCGUGCAAGAGUUGAUCUCAUCACAGUUGGAAAACUGUCUCUGAAUUUAACUAGUUUUACAAGAGAAAGCGUGUCGAUUUUUGGAAAUGAAUUAACAAGUGCAAUUCAGAAUCUUUUACCCUAUACGCAAGCUAUCCCUCUUACGGUUGAGUAUUUGAACACGGCAACACUUCAACCCAGAAAAGAUAACCAAACAGGAAGGUUGGUAAUGGGAGCCCUGCAGUUAGCUCAAGGCACUCACUUGACAAUUGAUGAGACUAAUAUGCAGUGUGGAACAUUGAAUUCUAAAGGCGUUGAGAAUGCAAGUUUGCUAAAGCACUUAAUGGAAUGGCAGACGGUUGAAUAUGAUUUCGAGUACUACAAGUUGGAAAUGGCUGCUGAUGUCCAGUUACUCGUUUUAUCCGAGGGGAAAUCAAACAUAUUGCCUGCUGAUUUGGUGUUGCCUUUCCGUCCAACCACAGUUUCUGCGGUGAAUGCAGGCGCCGAGGAACUGCAAUCUUGGAGAUGGUACUUGGCCACUGUUAGGUCUCUUCCAAGCUCUAGUGAGCCAGAAAUAAGUAAGAUGCUUGAAAAUGAAAUGGUCGACGCCAUGCGAGAAGACAGGAGUUUGGGCAGCACAGAUCUUAACAGGUUGCUAACAAUGGCUCAAUUGACUUCGGCAAGCUUCGGCGAAAAGAGUCUUUCCUUGGAGAAUGGUGAAGGAGUUGGAAAGGCUUAGGAAGGAGAGGUUAAAGUGAGAAAUGUAGUAACGUUACAGUUGUCUAAUGACCCCUCGGGGUUAAUGUCCCUGUGUUAUUCUA